CUCGCACGACACGAAAUGCGCUCCUGUCAUGGGCAGCAACUGUUGCAAGGGUGACGCCGCCGGGGGACCCAUCAGGUCUUCCUCCUCCAUUUACAGCAGGUAUUUCUGGCUGGCCAUCCUCAUUGCGCAGGAGUGCCGCAGUGUCCCGUGGAUUCUCCGCCCCACCAACCCUCGUCUGUCGAGUCGCGUUGGGACUUCUCUGGAUGAUCGGUUCACCAAUUCGGAAGACGCUGGUGGUGUGCGGCUCACAAUUAGUGCUGCCCGGGUCGGCGACAGCGGCGUCUACACGCUGCAAGCAAGUAAUGUCGCCGGCAGCGACACGGCCCGCGUCCGGUUGGAGGUGUCGCCGGACGAGGCGCCGUCCGGCGACGACCCCCCCACCUUCCUGCGCCGCCUGCAGGACCUGACGGUGAAGGUCGGCACCCGAACCCGAUUCCUCGUCGAAAUCCUCAGCUCUACUGAAUGCAAGGUGACAUGGUACAGGAACGAGCGCCGAUUGAUGGAGGCCGAACGGGUGGCGCUUGUUCGUGACGGCAACUAUUGGUGCGCGGAUCUCGCGUCAGUCACUGUCGACGACGCCGGUCGCUGGACCUGCACCGCGGAGAACCUGGGAGGCAGAGCUAGUUGUUCGGCGCAUCUCAAUGUUCUCGUACCGAAGGCCUACAAGCGUCCGGAGUUCGUGGAGGAGCUGCGGGCACUCCUCACGGAGCAGGGCACGGUGUCGCUGGAAUGCAAGGUGGUGGGGGUGCCUACUCCGGUACUCCGCUGGUUCAAGGACAGUCGCGAGAUCAAGGCUGGUGACGUGUUCGCCCUGACAGCCAACGCCGAGGACCCUACAUCCCUGGGCACUUACACUUGUGAGGCGGUCAACUGCAUGGGCCGAGCGUACUCCUCGUCCAAGGUCCAUGUCGUGGGUCGUGGCAGCAGGGAAGGUUCCACAAAUCCGAGUUCCAGUGGAGUAGCGCCGGAGCCGCCGCCGAUCUUCACCAAGGAGUUAGAGGAGCAGUUCGUGAGGAUCAACGAGCGACUCAGCCUCAGCUGCCACAUCGUGGUGCCGCCGUGGCCGCGCGCUGUGUGCUGGUACAACAAGGAGGGGAAGGUGGAGCCGAGCGAGAGGUACCACGUGUUAGAGGACGGUGUGGGAGGAUAUCUGAUGGAAGUGCAGACGGCGGAGUGGUGUGACGAGGGCGAGUGGAAGUGCGUCGCGACCAGCGCCGGCGGCCGAGUCGGCAUUACCACUUGCUACGUCGUUAUGGAUGUGCCGAAGAACUACCGAAAGCCCCGCUUCAUGGAAAAUCUCCAAGCCGUGCUCACGGAAGAGGGUCUCGUUUCCUUUGAGUGCAAGGUCGUCGGCUUUCCCACUCCUGUCCUCAGCUGGUUCAAAGACGGGCAAGAGCUGAAACCAGGAGACGUGUACCAACUCACCGGCACGAAUUCCUUGGGCUCCUAUUGCUGUAUAGCCAGGAACUGCAUGGGCCAAGCGAGCAGCUCCGCUGAGCUGACGGUCGAAGACAUUCAGAAUCAGCUCAAUGAGGAAGAGAAACUGCAGCUUUUCACGAAGAACCAGGCGCCCAAAUUCUUGCAGGGGCUGAAGAGCAUCGAAGCGAAAAUCGAUGAACCAUUCCGUUUUACAAUUAAAGUUGCCAUUCCGCCUGAACCAUCGUUGUUGUGGUAUAGAGAUGAUCAAGCAGUGGAAGAAACGUCUCGCUGCCAAGCCGGCAAGGAGGACAAGGGCGUUUUCUACCUCGAUAUUCAAAACCUAGAGUUCGUGGACCAGGCCGAAUGGAAGUGUGUCGCUAGAAACGAUUUCGGACACAGCGUCACAUCCUGUUUCCUUAAAUUAAUCAUACCUCGUCAUUACAAGAAACCAAGGUUCCUUGAAAACUUACAAGCAAUUUUAUCCGACGAAGGAGCUGUCAAUCUGGAAUGUAAAGUUAUUGGUGUUCCACAGCCAACUCUGAAAUGGUAUAAAGACGGAGAAGAACUUAAACCGGGAGAUAUUCAUAGGAUCAUUUCUGGACAAGACGGAACUUGUUGUCUUGGAACGUAUACGUGUGAAGCACAAAACUGUAUGGGGACUGCGGCCAGCUCAGCUUCUCUUCUAGGAUUUGAUGAUUCUAUGAAAGCUAAGAGUAAGAAGAAGGCUGAAGAACAAGUUCUCCAGAGGAAUUUGUCUCUUAGUACUAUACAUGAAGAAAGAACUUCACAAAUGUACGAUACACCGGUGGGAGAUAUAACAUUGGACGACAAAGGGGAAAUAUCUUUCUCUUUUGAUGGAAAAGAAGUCUCAGUAUCUCUUUAUGAAACUCCGGAUUUAACAGAAGAGGAGGCGUUACAGAUUGUUGAGAUGUAUGCAGACCAACUAUCUGAAAAUGUCACAGAACAUAAUGUUGUUGAGCUACCUCCCCUGAGAUUUGUAAAAGAAACAUCGACAUCCGGAAAUUUGCUCAUGGAAGCAAUUAUCAUUGAUGUAUCCCCAGAAUACUUUGUAUCUCCAGAAGAAGAUCUGCGAACGGAAGCAGAUAUCGAAGAUAUUUCUAUUGCAGAUGAAAAUGGUCCACCUAUGCUGUCACUAGAUCAAGAUAUUGGAGGUGAAGAUUAUUUGGAGAAAACAAUGGCCUUAUUAUCAGAAGAGAAAUCGGACAUACCUGUUAAAAAAUUAAGAAAAAAAUCCGAUUCACAGAGAAGCGCCGAUGAUUAUUUCAGUCUUUCUCAUGAUCAGUCAUUAUCAGAAGACAAAAAAGAUGAUGAUACACAAGUUUUGUCGGAAAGUGAUAUUCAGAGUUUUGCAAGUGCAAGAAGUUCAGGGAAGAUUAAAUCGAAGUCGUCAAAACGGCAAAUAUCGGAAGAAGACAACAAGGAAUCAUCGGGUAUAUCAAAUACAGUAUUACAAAAAGAAGUUAGAGAGCAACAAUUUCAACCGGAGUCACCAGUAGUGAAGCCUAAAAGAGAAAGACGUAGUAGUCGUAGCUCUAGGCGAUCUAGUUCUGGUAGUGAAAAGUCUCUUCAUAAAACUAAAGAUGAGUCAAAACGUAUAGAAUCUGAGCUAGAAAAACAAAAUAGUCUAGAUGCUGAACUCAAAGAACCACCUCGAAAGCCUGACAUUUUGGUUGAAGAGUUUAAAAUAAAAAUGACCACAGUGAGCACAAUUCUUUCUAAAGUAGUAAACGAUAUUCAGAUUAUUGAGAGAGAUAUAAUAUUAAAAUCAGAACUAAUGUCAUCAGCUGCAACCGCUUCAAGAAGUUUAGAAAUUAUUAAUAGUAUAAUUACACCUUUAUCUGAAAUUCAUAGCAUCGCGGAUGCAGCUGUGGAAUCAAUUUCCGAAUCAGUGUCAAUAAGCAGUACUUUAUUCAAUGGUCUACCUCAAUCCUUAAAACUACUUCAGCAAUCUCUCACCAUAAUCGAUAAAUGCUUAGAUGUAGAAAGUGACAGUAAAACUCUAGUUAAAAAAACGUGCAUGGCAUUUAUUGAAAAUUGCAGUGAAGAUAUUACAAAAGUAAUAACUGAAAUAAAAUCUAUUACAAAUAAGAAUUACUUGGUUAUGGAUGAAACAGUUAUAACUGAUAUUGAAACACUGACAAAUGAAAUUAUAACACUAGUGAAAUUCUCUGCAGAGACAAUAGUAACUAAACAUUUAUUGAAUGAAGCUAAUGAGAUUAAGGUGGAAGAAGUGUCAGUAGACGCUAAACAUCUAAGAGACACUCAAAAAGCAUUAUUUGAACUUAAAAGUCCUCUCAAUUCUUUGUUGUGUAUAGUUGAAUCUGCAAACAGUGACAAAAUGCCUGAUAUCGCUAAAAUCAGAACAAGUGAAGUGAUUCUUGCAGAUAUGUCAGCUUCUAUUCAAGAUCUCCAAACUGCGUUGGAGCAAAUUGAAACUCUCUCAGUACAAGAGUCUACAUCAUCAUUACAUAAGUAUAAUACGAAUAUCAUCGAAACCGUCAUGGAGUCAAUUGUUCUUUUGAGAACUUCAUUUGAACAAUUAUCCAGAGAAACUAAAAAAGACGACGAAGAGGUUGUACUAAAUGAAGUUCUAAAUUCUAUCAAAGAGAAUCUACGACGAAUUUCGUCACAAAUUAAUGCCAUAGAAAACAAUGUGGGUUCUUAUGAUGUACUUCAAAGUGAAAAUAAAUUGGAAAUUCUCCAAAAUAUGGCACAAAUUUUGAUCGCAUUAGAAAAUAAUUUACCAAGGUUAGAACCAUUACCUGAAAUUAAAUCGCACAUGGAAAAUUUCCAUAAAAAUCUAACAAAGGUCUUGGAGAAGGUAAUUGAAAGAAAUGAAGCAGGCAAAUAUUUUGCUUUGAUAGAAAUUUGUGAUGCUGUACAUAGAGUGAACAGAUCAUUAAAUUCAUUAGAAAAUGAUAAUAUUUUAUCUUUUGCUUGUCUCAACAACACUUUGAAGAUAAUUCAAGAGCACUUUGUUAAUAACGUCUUUGAAUCAGAAUUGAACUGUUCGAUUCUCAGUAAUAUUAGUGGCGCACUUGUUGGUAUUCAAGAUGCAAUGCGUAACCACGCUGAAGAACUAAGUUUACACAUUGACUCUGAGCACGCGAAAGAGUUGUCAACAUCAGCUGUUUAUAGCACGAGUAAAGCUAAUAUUAUGGCAGAGCAUAUUGAUCACGUAAUUGCUUCAAUCAAUGUAGUGAAAACUAUAGAAUCUACUGAAACACUUCAUAAGGCUUUAACUCCUGUUUUAGAAAAUAUUUGUCCUGUUUUAGAAGACUUAAAACGAAAUAUAGCAUCUAUACAGCCAUUUGAAGUUCAUGAAGAAGAACAUGUUUCUGAUAUUUCUAUGGAAACUUUUUCUCAAACACUAGCCACGCCACUUUGUGAAUUAAAUCAAAAUUUGAUAGUUCUAAAUCAAACACUUGUUGAAAAUAUUGACACCCUAAAAGAAGCUAGUGAGGUAUCAACAACUGUUGCGAUUCCACUUCACGAGUUACAUAAUACAUUACAAAUUCUCCAGCAAGAUGUACUUUCACAGUACGGUGAAGAUUUAACGCCAUAUGAAAUAAGCGUUAAUAUGGCAAGUGCUGUAGAAAAUUUACAGAGCUGCAUUGUGAUGAUUCAAGAGCAAGCUGGGGUAGAAGGGAUCGAAGACAUGUCCACUUUGGAGGACAUAUCUGGUAUCAAAACAACCGCAGAUACUUUGCCCUCUGACCAUUUAGUUCUACCAACUGCUGAAGAAACAACCCUUGAGCAAUCAAUAGAGCCAAUUCAUCAAGAAUUAGCAAUAACAGCUACAGCUGAAGCAUUGCAAACAUUAAACGAGCAUAUAACUAUUCUACAAAACCCAGAAAUAAUAGAUGCGCUAGAUACGCUUUCAGAAGUUAGUGAUUAUUCAAAUAUCAAGUCGGUUGCUCUUGGUUUGAGAGAGUUACAUACAGGUAUUGAAGAGAUUUUACAUCCUGUUGUACUAGAAAACUCAAAUGAUAUUGUUGGCCUAACAAAUAUAUCGAAACUAGCGGCUAUUGCAGAACCAAUGCAAGAACUACAACAAAGUUUAUCGGUUUUAGAUAAAAAUAACAUUCCAAUUUAUGAACAAAUUUUAGAAUUACCCUCAGAAAAAAUACAUUCCGUUUUUCAGAAUAUAUCUGAAUUUAAGGAAUAUUUAGCCAAGUGUAUGCAUGCUAUAUUCCCAGCUAUGGAAACUGCUGAUAAAACAAUUGAAAUAUCAAACAAAGUAGAAUCAUUAAGAGAUGUGUGUGAAAACAUAAAAUACACAAUAGAAAAUUAUAGACGUAUUCCUGACACUGCUAUUGUUAGCAUAGAAGUUCUGAGUCUAGAACAAACCAUCGAUGAUUUUCUAACUGCAACUGAUGUAAGUAGAGGCAUAAAAAUUGAUGAAGUAAAAUAUAUUACUGAACAAUUAUAUGAAAAUAUUACAAAGGCCGAAGAAGAAUUGAUAGGAUUUACUUCACAAACAAAUGAAGCACUGGCACAGGAAGCUAAAAUAAUGCAAACUAUUAAUGAAAUAGAAAAUAAUAUUGCGGUGUUAGAGCAGUAUGACUUUGUGGAUUUAUCGAGAGUUUCUGAAAUUUCUUGUCUAUCUCCGCAACUUGCAUUAGAAAUAGAAUCUGAUUCUUUGGCACAAAUAAAUGACGUUGUGGAUUGUGCAGUACACAUUGUCCAAGAUUCACAAAUUAAAGAUACUUCUGUAGCGGAUUUAAUGAUUUUAGAAGAUUUCUUCAAAACAUGUAAAAAUGAAUUCAUGUUGAUUAAAUGUUUGAUUAAUAAACAAUUGAGUCACAAAAAAAUUAUCAGAUUAAUUCAGGAAUUUAACAAUCUCCAAAAUACGAUCAACACUUUUAAAACAAAGCAGACGGAUCUUAAACUUACUGAAGAAAUGAAUAUUAAAAUUUCAGAGUUCUUCCUUCACGCAGAGGAAAGCUUAAAGUCUGUUCAAAGAUCACUAGUGAAAAUUAUUGAUUCACAGUCGCAAGUGUUAUUCAGAAAUCCUUUAGAUAAGUUAAAUACUUCUAAUGAUAUAUUAAAGGAAUUAUUGAGAAACAAGAAAACGGGAAAACUGGAAGAAAUAGUAACUAAAAUAGUUAACAUCAUUGAGUACCUACAACCUUCAUUAAAGACCGCUAAAGCUGAUACUAUAAAUGAAUUAGUAACAGCAGAGACAGUGCACACAAUGGUAGAUGAACAAAUCAUUAUUGAAAGAAUGGAAGAGUUAUUAAGCCUUUUGGAGAUUGAAAUAUCUCGUGCUGACCAAAAAGAAAACAGAGAAAUUUUAUCAAAUGUAUUGACUUGUUUAGAAAAACAUCAAGAUUAUAAAGAUGCAAUUGGAACGGGAAAAGCUCUUAUACUUCUUAAAUGUUUAUCGGACUGUGCGGAUAUGCUGCAAACUGAUAUCUCAAAAACCAAAAUACAAAAGUUCAUGAUUGUUUCUCACAAAAUAGAUGAUAAUUCACUUAAGGCAGCCUUGAUGGAAAUGAUGGAACCUCUUCAAAUUCUUAACAGUCAGUUAUCUAAUGUCCAAGAACAAAUACUGUCUGGUAUCGAGGAAGAUUCUAUUUCGGUUGAUAUUACAUCAACAGAAUCUGUUAUGCAAACAAUGACUGAAAUUCACAAAGAAAUUGUGAAAAGAAUUGAAUCAGAUUUCACAACAGUUGACAACGAGGAUUUAUCCUUGAUUAUAGAGAUGGACAAAGCAAUCCAGACAAUUCAAGAAAACUUGAAAUCCAUGGAAGACGUUCAUAUUGCUCAAGUUGUAAAAGAAAUAUCAAAACCUAUAGAAGACAUAGAGAAAUCUUUACACGACUUUUUGAUAUCGGAAAAAGUCGUUGUAUGUAAAGAAAAAGCCUCAAAAGAAAACUCACCAGAAUUUAUGCAGUAUAUUGAACAGUAUAUUGAAUUAGUUGCAACAAUAGAAGAUUGGGAUGCUAUUAAAAAAGAUGAUUUGAAGGAGUCGAUUGCAUUAGCUCGCGAGUUAUAUGAAAAUGCUACACCUUUGGAAACUGGAUCCGAAUUAGGAGCAAAAGAAAAAAUCGUUGAAAAUAUUUCAAAGCAGGAAGAGUUAGCUCUAAAAUUACAGAAAGCUCUUACGACGGUUAAUGUUUAUGUUUUUGAAAAUGCUCAAGAAAUAAGUACUCUUUUUAGCCCUGAACUAUUGAAUGAUAUUAUAAGAGUUACUGUUCAAUUAAAUGAUCAUUUAGAAAUAGUCACUGGAACAAAAGAAGAACUUCAUAAGUCUGUGUCAGACGUUUUAGAUAAGUUAAGCGAAAUAAAGUUAAAUCAAGAAACAUACAUUGAUGUAGCACAAACAGAACUAGAACCAAACAUUAUGCAGACUGUAUCACCAGAAAAAGCAUCCGAUGGAAUGGAAUUAGUCAUACCUGAGGAAUCAAGUAUCGAAAAAGCAGAAAUAUUACUAGAAACUUUAGAACCACCUAUAGUAUCUGAACAAUGCAUAAAUGUUUUAGAAUCAGCUGAAAUGAUAGAAAGACAAGUAUUAGCAGAGGAAGUAGAUAAUAUACAAGGAGAUGAAUCACUGGCGAUUUCUGCUACUUUUGUAGAAAAUCAAAACAUUUCAAAUAAAGCAAUCGAAAAAGAUGUUGAGCACAUCCUUUCUAAUGAUUCAAUAUCAGGGAGUGAAACAGUUGAAUUGCAAGAACUCAACAAGGAACGUACUGAACAAUUAAAAGUAACCGAAGAUUUAAAACAAUCCAUAGAAGAAUUCAUUUCUGAAAAUAUAAAAGAAGUUAUAAAUGAUUUAUCCACAAUCACAAAUACGGUAGAAUUGGAAAAUUCCAUGAGUAUAGCAGAAACAUUACGGGAUAACAUAACUGUUAUGGAAGCAAGUAGCGAAGGGGAGGCAAGUUCACUCAACAUUGACAAAGCAAAAUGUGAACAAGUCAAAUUAACCCAAGAUCUGCACGAUGCAAUUUUAACAUUCCAGGAGCAAGCUGAAGAGAGUUUGAUUCACGUUGCUCCAGAAACUAAGGAUAACUUAUUGCAACGUGUGACUGAAGUUACUUCUAAGUUAGACGAAAGAUUGACAGCCUUUAUUUCUGUAAUUGAAGCUCACCAAGAUGAAAAUAAACCUUCAGAAACUGAGUUGUUGGCAGAACAUCCGAAAGAAUUAAUUAUGGAACAACUGAAACAAGAUUCAUUAGAACACCCGAUGAAACAACACCAAGAUGAAAAUAAACCUUCAGAAACUGAGUUGUUUGCAGAACAACCGAAGGAAUUAAUUAUGGAACAACUGAAACAAGAUUCAUUAGAACACCCGACACAAAUAACAGGCCCUCAUGAGGAGGCAUUAAAAUCUUUGAAUGAAGUUGCAUUAAAAGAAGUUACCCCAUUAGAUAUUAUAAAAUCAGAAAUGACGAAAGAACAAAAUACACUAAAUAUUGAUGAAGAUAGUGAAAUAAUUUCAUUUGAAAAAGGAAUCUCAACAGAACCUAUAUUAGAAAAAAAUAUGUCUACACAAAUUAUUCAGAUAACGGAGACAGCAGAAGAACAUAAAGAUGUAACAUCUUCAAUUAAUGUUUCUGAAUGUAUUCAAGAAAAAUCAACAAAAUCUGUCGUCGAAACACUCAUACACAACAUUACAGAAUAUAUAUCUGAAGAUAUAGGUCUAAUUAUUGAUAAAAUAGAUCCAACUUUGAAGAUAAAUUUAAAACGGUCAAUUGACAUUGCUAAUGUAUUGCUUGCUAAAAUAGCAACUACGAAUAUAGAUCUUGAGAAAGAAAAUGAAAACUUAAUUUCGAUAAUAAAUGAAGAUCAAGCUCAGUUGGCUCACGAAUUACACGAAUCUCUAAUGUCUAUAUAUAUAUUUACUUUGGAACACAUUGACGAUUUAUCGCUUUCAAUUGGUGAAGACAAAAUUAAAAAAGUCAAUGUCAUUAUUGAUAAUAUUUUCUCUAACCUCCAAAUAGUUUUAAGUAGUACUGUUGCACCUAUACAAUCACCAGAAGAUCAAACUGAUACAAAAUACGAAGCAAGCCAAGAAAUUAUAAAGAAAAUUGAGGAAGAUACAGUAGCUGAAGAAAAAUCUUUGAUUGGUAGUCAAGAAACAGGUACAACGCUAAAGGAUAGUGCUUCAAUUCCAGGCAAUGUUGUGCCAGAAGAAAAAUAUUCAGAAUCCGGUAAAGCAAGUUUGGAAGCAAUAUCUGAUGAAAUAUCUGUCGUGAUAGGUCCUUCGCAUUUAACAGACGCGAUUAAAAUUGAUGAAAGCUUAGGAAAUAAUGUAGUUGUUGACAAUGAAGAUGACAGAUUAUUAACAGGAGCUGACAUUGACAUAACUAAAAAAGUGGAAAUGCAAAGUAAUGAGAGUGUAAUUGAAACUGAGACAAAGAUAAAUGCAACGUUAUUGCAAGGCAAUGAUCAGGAAUUUAUCGUGGCAAUGGAUCCAAUGAAUCUUCCUACAUCAUCUAUUUUAACACUGAAAGAUGCUGGUGAAAAUGUAGAUAUCGCCGAAAAUGAAAGCAUCAAAUCAUCGACAGAAGAAAAUACUGUACUUUCUGUGGAAAAUAUAGAUACUAUCACUCCUGUGUUACAAACGAAACAUACGAUGGAACCAUUUGAAGAAAAUGUUUUAUCAAUAUCGCCAGAACAUACGGAGAUAAAAGUUAGUGAAAAUAUAAUUGAAACUACAAUUACUAUUGCGACUGAGGAGACAACACCAUUAAUGCAAAAUAAUAAAAAUGAAACUAUCAUAGAACAGGAUCAUGUCACUGCAUCCAUGCUAACAUUAAACGAUAUCAUUGAUAAUUCUGAAGUUAUUGUUGCCGUAAAGGAGAAUCUCAAUACUGAUAAUAAUAACAAAGACAUUUUAUCAGAAAAUGCAAUAACGCCACAGGAAAACUUUGAAUGUCCUAAGGAACUUGUAGAAAAUGUAGAAAUUAUUGCUCAUGAAGAAGAAGUUCCUAUGUUGCAGACCGUGAUGGGAACAUCUGAAGGUUUACUGAUAUCGCCCCAACAUGCAGAAAUGCAAAUUAAUAAAAGCGUAAUUGAAACUACGGUUACUGUUGCCUCUGAGGGGACAAAGCCAAUGUUGCAAAGUAACGAACAGGAAUAUAUUCUAGAACAAGAUCGUGCGGCGGCCACUGUAUUUACUCUUACAUCAAAUGAUGCCGUUGAAAAUAAUGAAGUUAAAGUUGAAAAUGUAGAAAUCAAAAACCAUGAAAAAGAUAUAUCCAAUGCUGAACUUCUGAAGGAAGAAUCUAAAGAGAAUGUUCUUCUAAUAUCGCCGGGACAAGCAGAAAUUCAAAUCGGUGAAAAUAUUGUUGAAAGUACAGUUCAUUUUGACCCUGAGGUGACUACGCCACUGUUGCAAAUUAACAAACUAAAUCAGGAUCACGCAACUGCAUCUGUGCUAACAAUAAAUGCUGCCAUUGAAAAUUCUGAAGCGUUUGUUGCCGAAAAGGAGAGUCUUAUGGAAAAUGACGGCUUAGAUACUUUGUCACAGAAUGUGCCAAUAUUAUCAGAUGAAGGUCCUGUGGAAAUUAUACAAAAAGUUGUAGAAAAUGUAGGAAUUCUAAAUCAAGAAAGAAUCACAGGACAUGAAUCACAGGCUGAAUAUGAGAUGGAAUCAUCUGACCAAAACGUUCUACCAAUAUCGCAGGAAAGCAAAGAAAUGCAAUUUGUUGAGAAUGUUAUUGGAACUACAGUUAAUAUUUCCACUGAAGAGACAACGCCAUUGUUGCAAAGCAACAAACUAAAACUGGAUGACGCAAGUGUUUCUGUGCUAACAACGAAUGAUGCCGUUGAUAAAUCUGAAGUUGUUAUCGCCGAAAAAGAGAAUAUUAUUGUUGAAAAUGAUGACUUCGAUAAUUUGUCACAGAAAGUACUAUUAUCGACAAACGAAAGUCUUAUAUGUCCAUUUAAAAAUAAACAAAAUGUAGAAAAUGCAGAAAUGAUAAACAAUGAAGAAAAUAUUUCUAUGACACAGGCUGAUCUAGUGAUGGAAGUAUCUCAAGAAAACGUUCUGCCAAUAUCAACAGAACAUGCAGAAAUACAAUUGAGUGAGAAUGAUAAUAUUCAAACUACAUUUAAUAUUGCCACUGAGGAGACUACUACAUUGUUGCCAAUCAACAAACUAAAACAGGAUCACGCAAGUGCUUCUGUGCUAACAACUAAUAAUGCCGUUGAAAAUUCUGAAGCUGUUAUUGCCGAAAAGGAGAAUCUUAUUGAUGAAAAUAAUGACUUCGAUAAUUUGUCACAAAAUGUAUCAAUAUCGACAGAAGAAGGCCUUAUAUGUCCUGUGAAAAUUAUACCAAAAGUUGAAGAAAAUGUAGAAAUCUUAGGGCAAGAAGAAAUUUCUUUGUCACAAGCUGAAUUCGUGAUGGAAGCAUUUGAAAAAAACGUUCUACCAAUAAUUCCGGAAUGCGCCAAAAUGCAAUUUGGCGAGAAUGUCAUUGAAACCACAGUAAAUGUUACCACUGAAGAGACAACGCCAUUAUUGCAAAGUAACGAAUUGAGCUCUGUCAUAGAACAGACUACGAUGUCUAUAUUAUAUGAUGCCACUGAAAAUUCGGAGGUUAUUAUUUCCGAAAAAGAAAAUCUCAUUAUCGAUAAUACUAGCGAAAGUAAUUUGUCACAAAAUAUACUUAAAAUGACAGACAAAAAUGUUGCAGAUCAUAUUGAAACUAUGUACGAACUGGUCGAAAAUAAAGCAAUUAUUGAAGAAGAAACUCCUUUAAUUCAAAGUGAAAUUAUUAUGGAAACAUCUGAAAGCAUUUCACCAUUAACACCCAAUAAAACUGAAAUGGAAGUUAUUAGGGGUGUUGAAACAACAGUCUUUAUUUCUACAGAGGAAAUAAUGCCUUUGUUGCAAAGCCAAGAACUAAAACAGGACCAUGCUACUGCAUCUAUGCUAAUAAUUAAUGAUGCUGUAGAAAAUAUUCAAAAAGUAGUAGAAAACGUAGAAAUCCUACCACAUGAAGAAGAAAUUCAUAACUUACAGACUGAAUCUGUAAGAGAAAUAUCUCAAGAAAACAUUUCACUAAUAUUGCCGGAAUAUAUAGAAACGCAAUUGGGUGACAGUGUCAUUGAAUCUACAGUUAUUCUUGCCACUGAAGAAACAACGCCUUUGUUACAAACCAAGGAACAGAAUUCCAUGCCAGAACUAGCUACUACAUCUAUGCUCAUAUUAUAUGAUGCCACUGACAAUUCUGAAGCUGUUGUUACUGAAAAUAAUGACCUUAUUCUUGAAUAUAAUAGCGGGCAUGAUUUGUCACAAAAUAUACCAAUAACUAUAGAUAUUGCAGAUCCUGUUGAAACUGUACAUAAAGUUGUUGAUGUAAAAUAUAUUGUUACGCAUGAAGAAGAAACUCCUCUAUUACAAACCGAAAGCAUAAAUGAAACAUCUGAAAGUGUUUUACCAUUAUCACCAAUACAAGUUACGUUGGAAGUUGAUGAGGGUGUUAAUACUACAGUUGUUAUAUCUGCAGAAGAGACAUUACCAUUGUUGCAAAGUGAAGAACUAAAACUGUAUCACGCCACUGUAUCUGAUUCAUUAACAGUAAAUGAUGCUGUUGAAAAUAUUGAAGCUGUAGUAGCCGAAAAUGAAAACCUUAUUGAAGAAAAUAAUGGCAUCAAUAAUUUGUCACAAAACGUUUCAAUAUCUACGGAGGAAAAUCUUACAAGUGUCGUGAAAAUUGUACAAAAUGUUGUGGGAAAUGCAGAAAUCAACAUUGAUAAAGAAGAAAUUCCUAUGUUACAGUCUGAACUAGUGAUGGAUAUAUCUGAAACCAUUUUACCAUUAUCACCGAAACAAGCCGAAAUGGAAGUCGUUGAGAGUAUCAAAUCUACAGUUAAUAUUUCUACAGAAGAAAUAAUGCCAUUGUUGCAAACAGCUGAACAAGAACAUAUCAUAGAAGAAGAUCACGCCAUUAAUUCUAUGAAAAUAUUAAAUAGCGCUCUUCAAUGUUCAGAAGUUAUUGCUGCUGAAAAGGAAAAUAACAUUGAAGUAGAUGAUAAAAUCAAAGACAUAUCAGAAACUAUAACAAUAACUACAGAAGAAAACAUGACAAAUCCUGUUGAAAAUUUGCAUGAAAUUAUUGAUAAGAAAGAAGUUCUCACAUAUGAACAAGAGACACCAAUAUUAGAAAACCAAUUUAUUGAUAAAAUAGAAAAAGCGGAUCAGCAAUCUGAAAACUUUACGGGAAAGUCGAAAGAAAACAUAUUACUGAUAUCGCCGGACCAAGAAGACAUUGAAAAAUCUGAAUUAAAUUCAUUGACUGCUUUACACGUGAACACUGAAGAUAAUUAUUUACAAAAAGAUUCAAAUUCACAAGUCAGCUCUGAAAAUGUCUACGAUAUACUUCUAAAACAUAUCGAAGAAUAUCUAUCAGGAAAUACAAUUGAAACCAUCAAUACUUUAACACCAUAUUCGAUUUCUGAGGAAGUUAAAGAAUCUUUUGAUGUUGCAAAAGAACUUCACAAAAAUAUAGUUUUGUGUGGAGAUGAUACGAAAGAAAAUAAAGAAUGGCUAAUUAAAGAAGAGAAUAAGGAAAGCAUGGAACUUGUUAAAAAGUUAUCCGAUAUUUUGUUUCAAUUUCAAAAUCAUCGCGAAGAAUGGAUAGAGAACUUUGAACGGAAAAUUGAUGAUGAUUUGUUGCAAGAUAUGAUUAAAACAGUUACUUCUCUGCAGAAUGAUUUAUCAUUUAUAAAGACAAUGUGUCAAACUCAUUCUCAGAAUAUAUCUCAUGGUGAUAUUAUCGAUGGUUUAAAACAAACUUCUGUGAGAUUCACUGAUACAGUACAUGAAAGCGCAAUUGCUCAAACUCUGUCAGAGAUCAGUUUCGAAGAAAUUGUAGCAACGGCUACUGAUUUUGUAAAUAAUAUAAUUGAGGCAACGGAGUAUAAAGUAGCAGAAGAAUUAGAAGCGGUAUCUAAUGAUGGUGAUAUGGUGAUGAUAGAAUUAAUUUCAGAUGGCAGUUUAGAAAUAGAUAAGCUUGAACAAAUAUUACCAGAAAAACCAAACUUCUAUCUUGAGCAUUUAGAUCAGGCACAGUCGUCCGAAAUUACUGUUCUUGACAAAGAGGGAUUUUUAGUUAAAGAUGAAAAUGAAAAUAUAGAGUCUUUUGUCUUGUCUGAGACUAAAAAUACUGAUGCCCUGAAUGGUAACUGUGUCAUAUCAGAGUAUGUAGAUGAUAUAAUAAUAUCGAAUGAUGAAAUCAGUAGUAAUACAGAUAAAAUCAAAGUACCACGAAGUGGAGAUGGAAUCGAAACGCUCCUACACCACAUUGACGAAUUUAUAUCAGACGAUGUUGCUGAAGUUGUGAACAACAUAGCAGAUAUACGUGAUAUGGAAUCAUUGAAAGCAUCUGUAGUUAUUGCAAAAGAGUUAAGAGAAAAUAUAGCUUCUAUUAGCUCAGUUGAAUAUUCUUCAGGCAUGUGCGAAAAAUUAGAGGAACAUGUUGUCGGCGAAAUUUGUGCCACACUGAAGUUGCAGAAUGCGUUAUCAAAUUUGCAGCAACAGAUAUUAGAAUAUUCGGAAGAGCUAUCAAACCUGAGUCCUGAAGCAAUCGUACGAGUAAAAAACAUAGCUACUCACUUGGAAGAAGACCUUAAAAUUGCAACGAUCCAAACUAUUCCAAUUAGAAAUGCGGAAGUAAGUAAAGAAUACUCAAUGAAUCAGCUUGAAAAUUUGCUAAAAGAAAUAAGCAAUAAAAUAAAUCAACCUUCAGCAGACAAAGUUGCAGAAGAUACAGAGUCACUUCAAAAUACUUUAGAUGAAGUACAAACAGUUAUAAUCAAGCUUAAACGUGAUUUUGAUGGAACGAUAAAUGACACUCUCAAUGAAACUCUUGAAGAUUUAGAGUGCAGUGUGAGAAGCGUCCAACUUCAAAUAAACGAAGAUAGUCCUCCGGAACUUCUUAGAGAAGCCUGUGCAACAUUACAAUUACUGGUGAAUAACAUAAAUGAGACACAGGAAGAACAAACGUCCGAGACAUUAAUCAAGAAAAUUCCAACCGACAAUGUUCUAGAAAAAUGUUCCACUGAAACGAAUGAUACUGUCAAACUAUUAGAUGUUGCCAUGAAAAUUGAGAGUUUGGAAAAUACAAACUUAAACAAUAUAGUUUCAAAUCUUAAUAAUCUCAAAGACACAAUGGUAUCAUUACGAUUAAGCUUCAUGAGUGAUUCAGAAACCUUGAUAGACAAGGGAGUCCAUGUAUUACAAGUCUUAGACCAAGUAGAGGAAAAAGUUUUUUCCCUCGAGAGAACUGUAGAGACGGAAGGAUCGCUUUCUUUAUCAGUUCGUGACAGUAUACUAAUAGCUGUUCAUUCUGUUUACGGUAGUAUCUCUAACAUGAGAGGUACAAUAUCUAGUAUACAAAAACAGUUUAUGUUCGAAAAUUUCGGUAAACCUUCUGAAAACAUUCUGUAUUCUCUGAAAUGUAUUAGUGCCGUAAUGAAAACAUGUGAAGAAUGUAACAAACAAAAACUUAAGAAAUUUUCAAAAUCUUUGCGAAAUGCUUUGAAUCACUUUGGGGACAUAAAGUUUUAUAUUAAUUUGGAUAAGACAGCGAGACUACCAAAUGAUGCUGCAUUUACUAAAAUAGUUCUUGAAGAACUUAAAUCAAACUUAGAAGAUAUUAAAGCGAUAACAACAGAUCCAACAGUUUUAAACAAGAUAGAGCAGACUGUAAUAAAUAUUCAGGAGACUUUGCUUAAUAUUGAAUCAAAUACCACAUUAGAAGUAAAAGAAAAGAUUCCUAUUUAUAAAAAAAUAUCUUUACAUGUUUAUGAUGUUACGUCAACUUUAAAUCAAAGAUUAUCAAAUGAAUAUGCCCCUGCACAAAUAACUGAUGGUCAAACUAUCGAAGAAGAUCAACGUGAAAAGGCAAUUAUUAACAAAAUUGACCACGAAGAAGUGAAUGAAGCCAUUCCACCAGAAAAGACUGAAAUAUUAGUUGUUGAAAACACCGAAAUUUGUAAAAUUGAACAAGAGGAAGAAAUUGCCAAACUGUCCAACAUAUCAGAAAAUAUAAUACAAGAAAAUUAUUGUGACUCUCAAGAAAAUACGCAUGAUAAUUUAACAGCAUUUGAUAAAGAUGAAGUACAGGAAUUUAAAGAGCAAGUUGAUGAAACAAAAUCACUAUACGAAGCUGUAAAUAUGGAUAAACAAGAAGGCGAUCAAAUCGAAGUUAAUGAGGAAAAUUUGGAAAAAAUGAAAAAUGAUAUCGAUGACCUAAUACAGCAUAAGACGGUAGUCGAAGAGGCUAGUUCUUCCCAAAAAUAUAAGGAAGAAAAUAUUCCAGCAAAUAAAGAACAAGUUCUUCAACAAGAAUUUAUACAAAAUCCUGAGAACGUUAAAAACAAAGACGUGCAAAAUGAACAGUUUUUACCAAUAAAGUCAACGGAGGCGAAAGAAACUAUAAAUGAGCUAGACCAAGAUGAUGCACCUAUCGUUCAUGAUGAAGAGAUGAAGCAACAAAUUAAAAAAGAAGAAAACAUAGAAAUUGCCGCAGAAGCUCUUUUAGAAAAGAAACUGACAGGAGAAAACUUAGAAAUAAACAAGACACUUGAAGAAAAAAAAGAAGAUACAAAUGUUCACAAAGUUGAAAUUGAAAAAAAUCUGGAAGUAGAGGGGAGUCCUAUUGGUGAUCAAGAUUUAAUUAAAACAGAACAUCAUGAUGAAACACAAAAGACAGAAAACAUUGAGACUGAAAAAGGAUUUGAAAAUCAAUGUUUCAAAGAAGAAAAUAAUAAUUUCGAAGAAGUUACGCAAAAUCAAUUGGUGUUGGAAGAAACUUUGAAGCAAAACGACUUCGAAAAAGAACAAAUGAAUAAGGAUGAACUGAAACAAGAAGAAGAGCAUAUCAAAAAAGAGACACAGAAUGUUGAUGUAAUCGAUACCGAAAAUACACAUCUUGAUGAAGACAAUGUAAAACAACAACAAGAAGAACAAAUACAAAAACAAGAAGCAGUAAAAGUCGAAAAGGAAGUUCUAGAAGAUGAAAAAUUUAUAGAAGAAAAACCAACAAUGAAAGAAAAAGAACUUGAGGAAGAACUGAAUAAAUUUCCCAAAGAAGAAAAUCUGAAACAAGGUUGUUUUGAAAAUAAAAAGAAACAAGAGUCGGAAGAAAUGGAGAAGAUACGUCUCGAAGAAGAAAAGCUUCAGUUAGAGGAAGAAGCAAGACUAAAUAUGGAGAAACAAGAGGCGGAAGAAAUGGGUAUGAAACACCUCGAAGAAGAAAAGCUAAAGAAGGAAAAACAAGUAGCGGAAGAAAUUGAGAAGAAAGGCCUUGAAGAAGAAAAGCUUAUGGUGGAGGAAGAAGCACGAUUAAAGAAGGAAAAACAACAGGCGGAAGAAAUGGAGAAGAAACGCCUUGAAGUAGAAAAUCUAAAGUUAAAGGAAGAAGCUGGACUAAAGAAAGAGAAACAAGAAGCUGAACAAAUGGAAAAUAAACAUCUCGAAGAAGAUCAGUUUAGGGUGGAGGACGAAGCAUCACUAAAGAAAGAGAAAUUAGAGGCAGAACAAACGGAGAAGAAACUUCUCGAAAAAGAAAAGCUUAAGUUAGAGGAAGAACCACCACUAAAGAAGGAGAAACAAGAGACAGAAGAAAUAGAAAAGAAAGGAAUUGAAGAUGAAAAACUGCAGUUAAAAGAAGAAGCUUGUGUCAAGAAAGAGAAACAAGAAAUAGAAGAAAUUGGAAAGAAAAGAAUUGAAAAUGAAAAACAGAAGUUAGAGGAAGAAGCUUGUUUCAAAAAAGAGAAGCAAGAAAUGGAAUUGGAAAGGGAACGCCUCGAUGAAGAGAAGCGUAUGUUAGAAGAUGAAGCUCAACUCAAAGAUGAGAAACAAGAGGCAGAAGAAUUGGAGAAAAAACGCCUCGAAGAAGAAAAUCUUAAAUUAGAAGAAGAAACUCAACUCAAGAAAGAGAAACAAGAAGCUGAAGAAAUGGAGCAAAAACGUCUCGAAGAAGAAAAACUUAAGGUAGAGGAAGAAGCCCGUCUUAAGAAAGAAAAACAAGAGGCGGAAAAAUUAGAAAAGGAACGCCUCGAAGUAGAGAAGCUGAAGUUGGAAGAAAAAGCUCUACUCAAGAAGGAGAAACAAAAAGCUGAAGAAAUAGAGAAGAAACGUAUUGAAGAAGAAAAGUUGAAAGCAGAAGAAGAGACCCGUCUACAAAAGGAAAAGAAAGAGGCGGAAGGAAUUGAAAAGAAAGAUGAAAAUAAACGUUUCGAAGAAGAAAAUCUUAGAUUAGAGGAAGAAGCUCGACUAAACGAGGAGAAACAAGAGGCAGAUGAAAUGGAGCAGAAACGUCUUGAAGAAGAAAAACUUAAGGCAGAGAAAGAAGUUCAUCUCAAAAAAGAAAAACAAGAGGCGGAAGAGUUAGGGAAGAAACUUCUCGAAGAAGAGAAGCUGAAAUUAGAAGAACAAGCUCGACUGAAGAAGGAGAAACAAGAGGCGGAAGAAUUGGAGAUGAAACGCCUUGAAGAAAAGCUAAAGUCAGAAGAAGAAUCUCGAUUCAAGAAAGAAAAACAACAAGCAGAAGAAUUGGAGACGAAACGCCUCGAAGACGAGAAAUUACAAAAAGAAGCUCGACUCAACAAAGAGAAACAAGAAUCUGAAGAAAUGGAAAAGAAACGCCUUGAAGAAGAGAAGUUGAAAGCAGAAGAAGAGGCGCGUCUACAAAGAGAAAAGAAAGAGGCUGAAGAAUUAGAAAAGAAAAAGAAAGAUGAAAAGAAACAUAUCAAAGCAGAAAAACUUAAAAAAGAGGAGGAAGCUCGUGUCAAAAAAGAAAAACAAGACGCGGAAGAAUUGGAGAAAAAACGCCUCGAAGAAGAGAAGCUAAAGUUAGAAGAAGCUCGACUUAAAAACGAAAAACAAGAGGCGGAAGAAAAAGAAAAGAAACGCCUCGAAGAAGAGAAGUUGAAGUUAGAAGAAGAAGCUCGACUCAAGAAGGAGAAACAAGAGGCGGAAGAAAUGGAGCGGAAACGUCUCGAAGAAGAAAAGCUAAAGUCAGAGGAAGAAGCUCGACUCAAGAAAGAAAAACAACAAGCAGAAGAAUUGGAGAAGAAACGCUUCGAAGAAGAGAAAUUACAAGAAGAAGCUCGACUCAAGAAAGAGAAACAAGGAGCUGAAGAAAUGGAGAAGAAACGCAUUGAAGAAGAGAAGUUGAAAGCAGAAGAAGAGGCGCGUCUACAAAGAGAAAAGAAAGAGGCUGAAGAAUUAGAAAAGAAAAAGAAAGAUGAAAAGAAACGUAUCAAAGCAGAAAAACUUAAAAAAGAGGAGGAGGCUCGUGUCAAAAAAGAAAAACAAGACGCGGAAGAAUUGGAGAAAAAACGCCUCGAAGAAGAGAAGCUAAAGUUAGAAGAAGCUCGACUUAAGAAAGAAAAACAAGAGGCGGAAGAAAAAGAAAAGCAACGCCUCGAAGAAGAGAAAUUACAAGAAGAAGCUCGACUCAAGAAAGAGAAACAGGAAGCUGAAGAAUUGGAAAAGAAACGCCUUGAAGAAGAAAAGUUGAAAGCAGAAGAAGAGGCGCGUCUACAAAGAGAAAAGAAAGAGGCUGAAGAAUUAGAAAAGAAAAAGAAAGAUGAAAAGAAACGUAUCAAAGCAGAAAAGCUUAAAAAAGAGGAGGAAGCUCGUGUCAAAAAAGAAAAACAAGACGCGGAAGAAUUGGAGAAAAAACGUCUCGAAGAAGAGAAGCUAAAGUUAGAAGAAGCUCGACUUAAGAAAGAAAAACAAGAGGCGGAAGAAAAAGAAAAGCAACGCCUCGAAGAAGAGAAAUUACAAGAAGAAGCUCGACUCAAGAAAGAGAAACAGGAAGCUGAAGAAUUGGAAAAGAAACGCCUUGAAGAAGAAAAGUUGAAAGCAGAAGAAGAGGCGCGUCUACAAAGAGAAAAGAAAGAGGCUGAAGAAUUAGAAAAGAAAAAGAAAGAUGAAAAGAAACUUAUCAAAGCAGAAAAGCUUAAAAAAGAGGAGGAAGCUCGUGUCAAAAAAGAAAAACAAGAGGCGGAAGAAUUGGAGAAAAAACGCCUCGAAGAAGAGAAGCUAAAGUUAGAAGAAGCUCGACUUAAAAACGAAAAACAAGAGGCGGAAGAAAAAGAAAAGAAACGCCUCGAAGAAGAGAAGUUGAAGUUAGAAGAAGAAGCUCGACUCAAGAAGGAGAAACAAGAGGCGGAAGAAAUGGAGCGGAAACGUCUCGAAGAAGAAAAGCUAAAGUCAGAGGAAGAAGCUAGACUCAAGAAAGAAAAACAACAAGCAGAAGAAUUGGAGAAGAAACGCCUCGAAGAAGAGAAAUUACAAGAAGAAGCUCGACUCAAGAAAGAGAAACAAGGAGCUGAAGAAAUGGAGAAGAAACGCAUUGAAGAAGAGAAGUUGAAAGCAGAAGAAGAGGCGCGUCUACAAAGAGAAAAGAAAGAGGCUGAAGAAUUAGAAAAGAAAAAGAAAGAUGAAAAGAAACGUAUCAAAGCAGAAAAACUUAAAAAAGAGGAGGAAGCUCGUGUCAAAAAAGAAAAACAAGAGGCGGAAGAAAUGGAGAAGAAACGUCUAGAAGAAGAGAAGCUGAAGUUAGAAGAACAAGCUCGACUAAAGAAAGAGAAACAAGCGGCGGAAGAAAUGGAAAAGAAACGCAUUGAAGAAGAAAAGUUGAAAACAGAAGAAGAGGCGCGUCUACAAAAGGAAAAGAAAGAGGCGGAAGAAACAGAAAAGAAAAAUAAAGAUGAAAGGAAACGCCUUAAAGCAGAAAAAAUUAAAAAAGCCGAGGAGACCCGUCUCAAAAAAGAAAAACAAGAAACAGAAGAAACGGAGAAAAAACGUCUCGAAGAAGAGAAGUUGAAAAUCGAAGAAGAAGGUCGAAAGAAAGAGAAACAAGAGGCGAAUGAUAUGGAAAAUAAAUGUCUCGAAGAAGAAAAACUGAAGUUGGAGGAAAGAGCAUGUUUCAAUAAAGAAAAACAAGAUGUGAGGAAAAAACACAUAGAAAAUGAUGUUAUGACCGAAAAUCAGGAAGAAAUGGCACGUAAAAAAAUAGCAGAAGAAUCAGAAAAGAAACAGGAUAAAGAUGAGAUAAAACUAAAAACUACGGAAGAUGAAAAUGCAAAAAAAGAAGCACGCCUUAAGCGAGAAAAAGGAGCAGCAGGAGAUGAACAUAUUCAACAACAAAAUGCCAGAACUGAAAUUAGAGACAAAAGCUACUUCCGAGACGAUACUGCACAUCUGAAAAAAUAUAUGGAACAACAAAUAUCUAAUGAGUUGUACGAACACAGUUAUAUUAAAGAGUAUCAGUACGAACCUUCAGCAGGGCAAAGAAAAAGAGACGAAAGAGAAAUUGGGGGUAAACCAAUAUUUGUGGAUCAUACACAUAAAGACUAUUCUUCUGGAUUAGCUAGACCUCCUAUAUAUAGAGAAAAAGCUUUUGAAACUGACAGACUUGGUGUGGACAAAAUAAGCUUAGAAAGAGAGCGUAUGGAAAGACACGGAAUAUUUAAAGCGGAAAAGCUAGUAACUGAUGCAAAAUUAAGAUCUUCCUUACCUCCAGCAUCAGACUUUAUAAGUAGAAGUAGCGAAUUAACAGAAAAAAGGGAAAUCAGACAGAAAUCUAAGGCAUUGAGUGAAGCUAGGAGUGUGUUGUCUGAAAAACGAUCGAGUAUGACGCGCGAUAUUAAGAGGAAACCGGUAUUUUCUACAUUCUUAACUGAUAGAACUGCUGUAGAGGGUUCCAGAGUAAAGUUAACAUGCAGCGUUUUAUCAUCUUCUGAACCUUCAGUUACUUGGUACAGAAAUGGCGUACUUCUUAACAAUAAAUUGAAGUAUCGAACGAAAUUUAUGGAUGGGCUUAUAACUUUGGAAGUAUUAAACGCAGUGCCCACUGAUUCAGCAGAGUAUAGCUGUACAGUGGAAAAUGAAAAUGGUUCUGUUAGUUCGUCAGCCAAUCUGAAGGUUUAUCCAAGUUUUAAAGCGUCUCCUAUACCUCCUACGUUUACGCGUUCUAUUCGUGAUACAUACCACAUGGCAGAAAAUGAGCUGGUUUUGGAGUGCCGAAUUCGAGGUCAGCCUCUGCCAACUAUAUCGUGGUUGAAAGAUGACAAACCAAUCAAAACCAACGAUCGAUAUCAAGCGUACUAUCUUGCUGAUGGUGUGUGUAGGCUAGCUAUUGACUGCCCCACGCCAGAAGACAGCGGGAAAUAUACUUGCAAAGCUGAAAACUCUGUUUGGUCUGACCAGAUAUCUCACACUGUUAACUUUACAGGUAAAGAAAAUCGUCUCAGUCCUAACCUAACAACAAUUGAGAAAUCUCGAUUCAACCGCCAAGCUUUGGAGUCAAGACGACCUCACUUCACGAACGUUUUAUCCGAUUUGAAAGUCUCACACGGCGGAACGAUUGGAUUGCAAGUCGAAAUUAGAGGAAGCCCUACCAGAGUGGAAUGGCUUCGUGAAGGAUACAACGUAACAGAAUCUCACAAAAACGCAAGGACUUUUGUUGAACAAGGGUUGUACACAUUAGCCCUUUCUGAUGUUACUGAAAGAGAAACUGGAUUAUAUACUUGCAGAGCUUGGAGUAGCCAUGGCACUGUCGAUAUGAAUGCUGCUAUUACGGUGGUCCAAGAAAAUGAGCUUGAAGGCAAACCGGCCAUUAUAAUUGGUCGGCCGGAAAAAGAUGUGUUGAUUUCGGUUGGUGAAGACUUGAAUAUUUCCUUCAGGGUACAAGGCGAACCAAAACCUAAAGUGGUAUUUAUGAAAGGCAUGAGAGACAUAACCAAUAGCCAACGCGUGUGCAAGAUGUCGUCAGACGAUUAUGUUAAGUUCACAUUGAAGAGGUCCGUGGUCUCCGACGCUGGUACCUACUGCAUCCUCGCGAGGAACGCUUACGGCUGUGACAGAGCCUUCGUCACUGUAGCGAUAAGACAGCACGCUUCCUCCGAUAGUUUGAUUUCGGAUUGGACGUACCCCGCGGAUGAUUCGGCAUUGUCUGUGGGCGAACGUUGUUAUAAAUCUGUGCCCGACCGAAUUCCAAGUGAGCCGAGCGUCGUCGACGGCGGAAACAACUGGGUAUCGUUGUCCUGGCCUAAACCUGAUCCGAGUGCAUCAGCGCCUGUCCUAGCAUACAAGGUAGAAAGUUGGCUACUAGGAAAAGAAGGGGGCGCGCGUUGGACGGAACUGGGCAUAACACCAUUAAAUUCCUUUGACGUAUUCAAUCUGAAACAAGAAAAAGAAUACCAUUUCAGAGUGACUACAAGAAACCGUUACGGCUGGGGUGAAGCGGUCCAAACUUCUGUUCCCGUUACAGUCGGAUCUUCAGGCGAUAGGCCAGAGUUCGUUGAUAUUUUGCCCGGGCAGUUGAAAAUUUUAGUUGGUACAACUGCUAACUUGAGUUGCAGAGUUAAAGGGAGGCCGACUCCUGAAGUGGUUUGGAUGAAGAACGGCCAUGAAAUAGACGAAGAGGAGCGACGGAUGAAGACGUCUACCAAUGGAUACGAUCAUUCUCUUGUUAUAAACGACGUGAGGAUUGAAGACGAAGCCAGGUACAGCUGUGAAGCGAGCAAUGCACACGGAAGAGCGUCGACGUAUGCAAGGCUGGCCGUCGUCACUGAUACGUUAAUAUGGGAGGCUGAUGCGAAGCUGAAGAGGGAGCGGUCAGCGGAAGCCCACGGCGACUACCCACCACAGUUCACCAUGCGUCUCAGGGACCGGCGCGUGCAGGCUACCUACCCGGUUCGCCUGACUUGUCAGGUGGUCGGGAGUCCAGCGCCAACUGUCACGUGGUACAAAGACGGCGAGGAAGUUAUUGUUGACAGUCGCCGCACGAAGUCCCAAGACGAGCACUUCCACACCCUGGAGAUAGCACCUACAACGUUGGAAGAUGGUGGCGUGUACGAGGCUAUGGCGAGGAACAGCUGCGGCGCCAUCAGCUGCCGCUGCAGUCUCGUAGUGGAUAAGGGCAUCAGGGCUUACGUUGCUCCGGAAUUCUGCUGUGGAUUGGAACCCUUGUAUAGGAUGAACGAAGGUGAAGAGCUUAGAAUAUCAGCGGUUGUUGAAGCGUACCCGUCAGUAGGUAUCACGUGGUACCGCGACGGCGUGCGCCUGCGCCCCAGCCGCCGCGCCAUCAUGACCCUGGACCGGGACGGCCAGAUCGAACUGGCUCUAGCCUUUGUGACCCCUCGAGACGCCGGAGUGUACACCUGCACUGCUUCCAACGAGGUCGGCAAAGCGUCUACGUCAGGGAAAGUGGAAGUCAUAGCUGGGGAAUCCACUCGGGAGGGGAAAACCCCACCAAUGGUCAUCAGCCCUGAUGUGCCGUACUCCAAGGAGCCAAUGUUUGUACGGAAACCCCGAUCAAGCGAGGCGCAUGAAGGAGACACCGUUAUUAUUCAGUGCGAGGUGGUCGGCGAUCCCAAACCGGACGUCUACUGGCUGAGGGACUUCCUCAAACCCGAAUACUACAGGGACGCAAGUCACUUCAAACGCGUCGGGGCAGGGCCCGAGUACCGCUUCGAGAUUCCUCACGCGAAACUGGAUUACACCGGAGCCUAUUCCGUGGUCGCUAAGAAUGUACACGGAGAAGCCAAGGCCAUCAUAUCACUCCAGAUAUUGGCCAAAGACCCAACCGUCUCAGACGAUAUGCAUAACGUGCGAUACGGGCGCGUGGAAGUGAUACCUCGUUUCGAGCGGGAGCUAACGGACCUACUAUGUCAUGAUGGAGACGCUAUAGAGUUCGAAUGCCGAGUCUCUGGCCACCCCGAGCCCGACAUCAGGUGGUUCCACUACACUGAGAUUAUCCGCGAAAACCCUGAUUUCGAGUGGUCCUGCGAGGAGGGGACAGCCAGGUUGAAGAUCAAACAAGUGACGGCCGAGGACGAGGGAACCUACACCUGCGAGGCAGCCAACAACCUCGGCAAGGCGACCUCCAGCGCGUGCCUCGUCGUUUACCCCCCCGGAGAGCCCAACACACUGAGCCAGAGGUUGCGGCGGCCGCCGGCGCUGCUGUCGGCAGCCUCCACACCCAGGUCUACCCCGCGCAGUACCCCCGCCAGAUCAGUCUCCAGGACGCCAGGACCCGACCCAAGACGCCUUUGCAGUCCGUCGCGCCAACUGGCGCCCAAUUUUUACACAUAUCCUUUCAAUAAGGUCGUCGAGGAAGGCGAGAGCGUGGUCUUCCAAUGUGCGGUCAAAGGCUUGCCCGCGCCCUGGGCCACGUGGGACAAGGACGGCAUCAUCCUCACCCCAUCAUCAAGAAUCACCAUAAAAGAAAAAGAUGAAAUCCUAAGGAUUCUUGAGAUCGAGCAAGUAACGAUCGAAGAUGUCGGCGUUUACAGGAUCACGCUGGAGAACGAUUAUGGAAGGGUCGAGGCCACGGCCAGAUUGGAAGUUAUAACACGAAAGGGGAAAUUUUAUGCUGGAGUGAGGGCUAACAGUCCAUCUUGCAGGUCCACCGGGUACAGAAGACGAACACCCUCCACGUCAAAAGACUGAUGAGUUAAUAUUCGGCGAGCGGUUCUGUAAACCGUUUCUGCUAAAUACAAUAUAACAUUUUCGAAGGAAACAGCGAUGGAUGGAUUUAACUUUUUUUUUUGUUCUGAAAUUAUUCUUGGCAUUUUAUUUGUUAAUGUAAUUUUUAAUUUGAUGUGUUUUAUAGCUGAGAUAAAGUUAAGUUUUUGUUUUCAUAUAGGUUAUUAUGUCUCACAUGUUUGCAUAUUUCGUUUUAAUUUAUUCAUCAGGAGUCAAUAAAAUGUAUAUUAUUUUACUUCUA